AUGUCUCAACCUUUACUCGAGACUAUUAAAAUUGAUGUUAUUCCAGAAGGGGUUGGAAUUUUAACCUUAAACAGGCCGGAUAGAGAUAAUGCACUCAAUUCGGUUUUAUUAAAGGAUUUGCUCGUAGCAUUUCAAUGGGCAACAAUAGAAGAAAAAGUUAAAGUUGUAAUUAUUACUGGGAAUGGGAAAUAUUUCACUAGUGGUUGGGACUUGACUGAAGUUUCUCAAAUUGAAAGUUUAGAAGAAGUAUUUGAAAGAAUGAAGACAUUUACUGAAUUAAUAGAAGUAUUAAUUGAUUUCCCGAAGCUCUUAUUAGCAGCUGUUAAUGCAAUAUGCGCUGAAGCUUGUUCUUCUUAUUUAUUACCAAAAUUUUUAGGAAAUUCGACUGCUAAUGAAAUGCUGGUACCAUCGGAAUUAGUAAAUCACGGAUUUAUUAAUCGAAUAAUACAAAAAGAAAAUUUAUUAAAUGAAACCAUAAAAGAAGCAAUUACUGUAACAAAAUUCUCUUUUGAAGCAUUUAAACAAACUAAACAAUUAAUUAAAUCUGAUGAUAUACGUGAUCAUUUAAAGAAAGUCUUGAAGAGAGAAAAUGAAGCGUUGAUUGAAAGGUAA